UCACCUUUGUACUAAUUGCAUAAUUAUUUUUUACUCUGUUACGUGUUAGAAUGUCCCUGAAAUGGCUACUUUUAUUGACAUCUCAAUAACCGGUCAUUAUCUGAUAAGAAAUUUUCAUUUGGUUAACGAUGUACGUUUUUUUGUUUCACAAAUUGGAUCACAAACAGUAAUUUUUUAAACUACCUGUCACUCUUGUCAACAGAUAAAUUCCUUAUUGAGGUACUACUGAUUGCAGCCCACACCAAUAUAUAAAAAAUUAGGUAGGCCAAUUGCUUUUUUUCUAUUAAUCAUACAAUACGAAAUUGAAUAAAAUGAUAAUUCACCAAAUAAAAAAUUGCUUACUUGGCUCAAACAGAAGAACUUUAUUCAAUUUAAAGAUUAAAAUCUAAAUAGACGGAUCGUGUCGUAUUAGAAUUAAAUUCCACUCCUUUGAUCAAGUGAUGAAAUUAAUUUGUCUAAAGAUAAAUUAAAAAACUAUCGAUCGAGUAAUAAAUUAUGCAUUAGUCUAAUUGCUUUGGCGGCAGAUCGUGUUUGUACAGCCAACUGGCAUUAUGUGUUAUUUCAAUUACUCCAAAAAGGAUAUCAGAUCCUUGUCGUUCUUUUACAAGAUAUGUAACAUUUUUGCUAUUGUUCCUCCGUAUAGUUUUGACAAGCCUGAUACGAAAAAAUCUAUGUGGAAAAAAGUCCAAGGGGUUGUUCUAGUGUCAGUCAUUGCAGCAGGGACCGCAUAUUCAAUUUAUGUCCGACAUACAUACUAUCGAAGAUUGUAUACUAUAACCCACUUAGUGUUAGACUACUUGGACGAAUUUCUCGUCGUAGCUUUGGCCUUUCAAGUGAUUUUGAAUUCGUGUUUUUGUGAUCCUGCCAAAUGGAUCCGAUUAAACAACAAUUUCCAAUACAUAGACGAAGUUUUGAAAAAUCGUGAUUCGCACGAAACAAAUUUUUUACGAAACGUUUCGUUCCAGUUUUUCGCUUAUGUAAUUUUGUACAUUUUGGCGACGGUGUAUUUGGCUUAUGUUUGGAUUGGUGAAAUGGGUGUUGUCACCCUUCAAGCUUAUACAUUGCACUUAUUCUGUGUUUUGUACGUGGUUUUGUUGCAUUUUCUCACAUACAACUUGUCUCUAGGAAUUAAAUUGAGGUAUGAUGAUGUGAACAAUUUAUUCCAAAUUGAAGAAAGUGACUAUUGGGAGAAGAAUAUAAUAAUUUCCUUGAGACAAAUCGGGGGUCUGUCCCAACGUCUGAGCGAGACUGUCACACUUUUUAAUGAUGUUUUUGGGACUUGCCUUAUACUCAUCACUGGGAAAAGUAUAGUCCAGCUUUUGACUUGUCUCAACUUUAUCACAAAUACCUUAAAAUCGGAAAAUGAAGACUUCAAAGAGAAAUUACUAGCCGCAAAUUUGUGCCUCGUCAUCUAUACUUUGGUUUCUGUAAGUCUAGUUAUGGUCACUUGUGACGCUUGUACUGUCGCAAGCAAACAAACAAUUUCUUGGUGUUAUAAAUUACAAGAACAGUUUGUUGCAAAUUCAGAAGUACGAAGAGAAUUAUUUAAAUUAGCCCAACAUGUGACAGCUAAUGUAGUCCAUAUUACUGCCGGAAAUUAUUUCGAAAUAAAUAAGGCCACCUUGUGUGGAAUUUUUGGGACUACAACUACGUAUUUUAUUGUUAUUUUACAGUUUAAUCAAAGCGUAACUAAAUAA